AUGAAACUUAGUGGUAUCGGAACUUACAGUGGCAAAGGCGUUCUAAAGCACGGUUGUAUGCCGGCAGAGCAUGCUAUCGUAUAUCUGUCGGGUACUGAUCCUGCGUCAUGCUAUCUGCCUGGUGAGUACGGAUCUGGCAUGACUAAGAUGCCCAUCGAGAUCGUACCCGUAGAUUCUAGUAUAACGCUUAGGCGCGAAUCCCGUGUACGGUUUGGCAAAACUUAUCCCAUUGAGAUGAACGUCAAAGUCAAGGAUAUUGGCCGAGUAGAGGCUUCUCAGCUCGGAAGACUUUUGCGGUACUGGGAGAGUGAGGAAGGCCUGUUCCACGUCGACAGCGAAAAUUUCGCGGAUGAGCCGAGACAUGGUGUACUUGAGUCGAAGUCAACACCAGAUCCUGACUCCGAUGGUGAAGACGUGGUUCUCCUCAAAAUGGAUGCUCGGUACGAUCUGUCAGCGGAUCACAUGCAUAGUCGUUUGGCUGGCAAUUUAUCCUCAGAGUAUCAGGUUAUCCAAAACCCAAGAGGUUUUUUCAAGAAAGGCAUCGUAUUCAUGGUACCCUGGCCCGAGCCUGGCGGCGACUACGUCAAAGAUCGAGUAGGUCCGCCCGUCGUUGUAAAGAUCAGAAGAUUCGUCGUGAUCAGGCCUAAGAACACAUUCUGUCUAUGCCUGCCAAUCCAAACCUACGGUGGUCAAGCAACUACUAAACCUGGGGUCGUCCCACAAGAUCAUGCUGCGAUUGUAGCCGAAAACGAUGAGGUCAGGUAUCUGCCAAAUGAAGUGGAACUUACCAAGAUGCCUUUGCAAAUCAGGGUCGAGAACGCAUCUACAGGACCAAUCGACCCGGCAUCGCGCAUCAACUUCGCCAAGGUCUACACUGUGGAAUACAACGUGAAAGUAUGGAAGGUUGGCAGAAUCAUCGCAGACUCAGUUUGGCGUCUGGAACAGUACUUUACGGAAUGCUCAAAAAUUGGGACCAGUUGA